AAGCCGAGAUGCUGGUGUCCCAGCCCUGGCGGCUAAUCUGGUGUGCCCGGCGGUUUUUCAGCCGCCAGCGCGGCGUGCUGCUGCGCUGGGAUGAGCAGAGGGGCUUUGGCAAGGUCCAAUGUUCAGAUGGUCGCGAGCUCUUUGUGCACAAAAGCUAUCUGACAGAAAAGAUCCCCGUGGGCCGCGAAGUGGACUUCGAGGUUCGCUGGAACGAGGAUAGGAAGCAGGAUCACGCCAUGGACGUGCGUCAGGCGGUCCAGCUGCCUGAGCUGGCAGGUCCAACUCACCCCGCCAAAGCCGUGUCGCCAGAGGACCUGCUGCAGGUUCAGCCCAUCCAGCUGCCGCCUGAUGCCACGGACCGGCAGCACUUGGAGUCGCUGACCUUGCAGAUGGAGCAGCUUCGUCAGCAAGGCCUGCAAAGCCAGCAGCUCCUGGCGCAAAAUCAGCAGCUUCUGGUCCAAAGCCAGCAGCUCCUGGUGCAGGGGCUUUUUGCUUUGAUUCAGCAGCAAAACGUUCAGAACGCCAAUCUGGAGCGUGCACUCACUGCUUUAACCUCGAGAAUGGAGCCGCAGGUGCAUGCAGACCCAGAUCCAAGCGCAAACAUGAUCGGAGCCGCAACAGCAAGCACUAACAUGGCAAAUGCCGAGGUGCCUGUAGCAGAGCCAAGCGCAAAGAAGACUGAAGCAGAUGCCGGAACGGCAAGCACUGAAAAGGUGCAGAAGCCAGACGAGGGGGCGACUGCCAGCCGGAGCCAGCAGCAGGUGCCAGAGGCAGCUGAAGAGGCUGCUGAAAGCGAGGUGCAACCGCAGGUGCCUGUAGCAGAGCCAAGCGCAAAGAAGACUGAAGCAGAUGCCGGAACGGCAAGCGCUGAAAAGGCCGAUGGCGAGGUGCAGAAGCCAGACGAGGGGGCGACUGCCAGCCGGAGCCAGCAGCAGGUGCCAGAGGCAGCUGAAGAGGCCGCUGAAAGCGAGGUGCAACCGCAGGCUGCAGCUGAGGUGGAAAGCGAGAGGCAUGAGGACCUUGCGUCCAGCGCUCCCUCAGUGCAGGGCAGUUUUUACCUCGUGGGCUUCUUCAACGAUUGGAGCGCAGACUCUGAGCCGAUGCAUGACGGACGCUGGACAGUGGCGAUCCGCAGCAGCUCCCCGAUGAGUGGCCGGAAGGGUGUGCAGCGGGAAGAGUUCCAGAUCUUGCAGGAUGGGAGCUGGGAGAAGCGCAUCUUCCCCGGUGGUGGCAAGGAUGAGACUGUGGUGCCUCUCAGGCCCGGCCGUGCCUCUCCAGCGGAGCGCUGCAGUGAGGAGAACCCGGGCCAUGGCCGGAACUGGGCAGUCGAGGGCAAGCCUGGCGCCAGCUUCCGGAUCAGGUAUGACCCCUCAGAUCAGACCGUGACAUGCGAACAUGCAUGAGGUCCUGGGCUUAUGCCUCCGGGAUCUUGUAGCGCCAGAAAAGGCUUGAAAGAAAGCGUGAUGUGCAGCUGACGUCUUCGCUGGGUGCGUUCAUACA